CUAAGACAUUAAACUUUCUUCAACCUUACUUUUUCCACUCCAUAUUAUUAUUGCAUCUUUCUAUUUAUAUCUCCACCAAGUAGACUCCAUCAAAUAAUACCCUUAUAUAUAAGUGACAUAUUUCUAGUGAAAUUUUGAAAAACAAAAAAGGAGCAAUUUAUAUCAUCAUAAAAUUAUAAUGGAGGAAGAAGCAUAUUAUGAUCAAGUAAAGGAGAGAAAGGUAAUUGUGCCUGAGAUUAUAGAGAUUGAAGAGGAAGAAAAUGAUGAUUAUAAAGGAGUAAAUAGUGGGAAUAAUGAUAAAAAUACCACUAAUAAUAAGGAUGUUUAUGUUUGUGUGGGUAAAGAUGAUGUUGAAGUACUAAAAUGGAUUCUUGCUCAUGCUGUUGUGCCGGGAAAUCGUGUUAAUCUCAUCCAUAUUUAUCCUCCUAUUUCUUCUAUAUCUACACCUGUUGGAAGGUUGUGGGUUGGUCAAUUGAGUCCUGAACAAGCGAAGAUUUAUGCAAUUGAAGAGCACAACAAGAGGAAGAACUUGUUGCACAAGUACAUUCGACUAUGUGUUGACAACAAGGUUAAUGUGGACACCAUACUUAUUGAGUCAACUGAUACGUCCAAAGCAAUUUUGGAUCUUAUUCCAGUUCUCAACAUGACUUCUCUCGUUAUGGGCACUACGCAUCCCCGUUCCUCGAGGCGGCUGAUAAAAGGAUCGAACAAAGGAACAUUAGUUCUGAAAAAUGCACCAGAUUAUUGUGAAGUUACUCUUGUUUAUAAAGGAAAGAAGUUAGUGGAUAAUCGAGGAAAGAUGCAUCAUCACAUAUCAUCUUCCUUCUUAGCCUCGGAUGGCAAACAAGCCAAGGUUACUCGACAAAACUUUGAAAGGAACUACAUGGAAUGCACAUGUUUUCCUGUUAGGUUCUAGUGCAAAAUUGAAGCAUUUGGUAUCAUAGUUAUGAUUCUUAUGAAGAACUCAAUAUAGAAUUAUGAAUAACUUUCUUGUAAUCAGCCGACCAUAUUUAUAUAUGACGAUAAAAAACCAAUUAGAUCCUUAUACUAAAAUUUUUAGGAUAAUUUAUAUGAUCCUUUUAACCAUGAUGAUAAUAUUUUGAAGUUCACACAAUACUCGUUAACUUGUAUGAUCUUUAACCAAUAUGAUAAGAUUUUGCCGUUAUACAAUACUCGUUAACUAGUGUUGAGGCUUAUUUUUUACGCCUUUACUUAUAUAUAACAAUACAUAUUCCUCA